UUGUUUUGUGAGAAGUGUUCAACAAUUGAUGAGAAGUGCACAACAUGUAGUUCUACUGACAUCUCACCACAUUGUGAUUCAUGUGAAAAUGGGUAUUGGGUUGAAGAAAACAAGUGUGUGACAUGCGAAGGGUGUGGCUCACUUGGGUGUGAGUAUAUGAGUGGACUCUGUUAUAACUGCCCAAAUCAGAUUCAAGUUUUGAUGUUGGGGAAAUGUGUUACUGUAGAAGGAUGCAAAGUUGUAGAAAACAACGAAUGUGUUGUUUGUGAUGAUUUGUAUGUUAAAAUAGGAAAAAGUUGCAUUAAGACGCAAACGGAGACAACUGAAAAUGUGAUCAAAUUCAGAAAGUUCUAUGUCAGUUCUAUUGACGUCAAUUGCACUACUUUUACAACCAAGGGAUGUGAUAUUUGUGAAGAAGGAUAUUACCACUAUGAAAAAAUAUCAUGUCACGAGUGCACGUUUAUAAAUGGGUGUUCUGAAUGCAUCAAUUAUCUCACAAACAACGAGACUUCAACAAAAGAGUGUACAAAGUGUAUGGAUAUGUUUAUCAACAACGCAGGAGAAUGUGUGAAAAUAGCGAAGUGCCUUCAAGGGGUCGGAGAGAGGUGCACAUUAUGUGAAAAGAAUUACUUGGUGUCUGAAGGUCGAUGCAAGCCAUGUGGUGAUGUUGUUAUUGGUUGUAAGACAAGUACCAAAAAUGAAUGCACUUCUUGUAUAGAAGGACAUUAUAUUGACUCGAAUAAACAAUGCAGUAAAUGUUUAGUAGAUAAUUGCUUUGUGUGUGCUCAAGAUGGUACUUGUAAUACUUGUGUAACUAACACAACGAAAAACACCGACUCAACUAAAUGCUUUUCAUGUUCCAUUUUCAAUGGGUGUACUUUGUGUGAUAAUACAACCCCUAAUAAAUGUUUGUUGUGUGCUCAAAAUUAUUUCAAAAAGAACUACUUGUGUGUGUCAUGUUCAAGUCUCAAUAAGUGUAUCAGUUGCUCAGAUGAACUCACGUGCCUGCAUUGUGUCGAUGGAUAUUAUCCAGACGAUGGAAAGUGCAAGUCAUGUCUUGCCAUAAAUGGCUGUAAAACAUGUUCGUCGACAUCAAAGAAAUGUCACGCAUGCAAAGAUGGGUAUUACCUCGACAACGAGUGUAAAUUGUGUGGUGAUGUUUUCAGUAAAUCUGCCACGUGUACAAUGAAAAAAGUAUUUUCUUGUCAGCCACACUACUUUUUGAAGAACAAUCGAUGUGUUGGGUGUGAUGCACUGUUUGGUUGUUCAGAGUGUGAAAAUGAAACGAUGUGCACUAAAUGCACUGAUGGACUCAAUUUGUACAACAAUGGAACAACUCAAAUGUGUUCUCAAGAUUGUGACAUUACAAAGUGUGUUAAAUGUGAUAUUAAUGGAAUGUGUGAAAUGUGUGAAGAGCCAUACACUCUUGACAAAAUGACCAACAAGUGCAAUUUGUGCUUUGAUGAACACCAAAAUAGUGGAAAAUGCUCAACAACAGAAAAUACCAUUGAAGUUUGUGAGUCAAAAAGAUUUUAUUUGGAAGAUGGUGUGUGUCAAAAGUGUAACACUACAUUGAGUGAGUGCCAGUUGUGCGACAAUUCAACAACUUGUAUAUUGUGUUCCACUGGAUUUGUGUUGGAUGUAAAUAACAAAUGUGUUGCAAAAACAACUUCGAUGAGUAUUAAAAAAGCAACAAAUUGCGAAUCAAAUCGACAGAUAUUGGAUACUGAAGGUAAUUGUGUUGACAUUUUAGCAGAUGAGUUCAAAGUGUCAGAAAGUUUCAGUAUGAAGUGUUUUAAUCUGUUUUAUGGGUGUUAUUCACGUGACUACAAACUCAAUUCAACAAUUGAUGUUGACAAUUUGGAGUGCUCUGCUUGUCAAAGUGGCAUGGCGUUUGAGUCUCGAGAAACCAAGAAGUGUGUGACAACAACAAAUUUGAUAGACAGUGAGGGAUAUAAAAUCGAGUGUACUACGGGAUGUUCGACUUGUACAAAUGGAACGAAUUGCCAAUACACAAAAUCGUUUGAGUUCACAGCUCGUUCUGAUGCAAAACUUUCAUACGAGAACCACAAAUACUGUCAGAAGUACCAAGAAGGGUUUGGGUGUGUGGAAUGCUCCAACUCAAUAAACUUAAAUGGAAUUUGUUCCAACAUGGAACGAACACAAAAAUGCUCGUUUUAUUUAGAAAGUGACAACACUUAUAAAUGUGAAGGAUACAUCGAACCUUCACAGACUAAAACACGUGCUACAUUAAAGACUGAGAAUGUUGUAUGUGAGGUGUUAUCGAACGGACUGUGUAUAAAAUGUUAUUCUAAAUAUUUUUUGAAUAAAGAGUAUCCGCCAAAAUGUGAGUCCUGUAGUAACAAUUGUCUGACUUGCACAACACCAACUACAUGUCAAGUGUGUUCGAAUGGGUUUUCUCUGGUAAAUGGAAGUUGUGUUUCACUAUCAAAUUGUUUAGUAUCAACACCAAGUGGAUGUACUGUGUGUAAUGAAGGGUAUUACCUAUUACUUGGUUCAUGUAAAAUGUUAAGUGAAAUUCAUUGCAAAUCUAUUGUAAUUACAAUAAACAAUGAGGUGCAGUGUACAUUAUGUGUAGAGAACUACAUUUUGAGUGAGACGCAAUGUGUUGAUAUGUCUACUGCGCAUUGCCAAAGUGUCGACUUAUCAACUUCAAAAUGUGCAAUUUGCGAAGAGAAGUACAAAUUUGAUGAUAACAAAAAUGUGUUUCAAUGGAAACGACGCAAUGCUCAUAUUCAUCAUCAGGCGAUUGCCUCCAUACUCAAUUGUUCUAAAAAUGCAGGAAGUUGUGUUACAUGUGCUUUUGGGUAUUAUUUUGACACGACAAGUAACGACUGUAUUUAUGUUGGUGAACUUGCUGAAAAGUGCAAACUGUUCUUACCAAGUGGUGUCGAUUGUGCUACAUGCAACGAGGGGUACAUCCUCAUCAAUACAGAUUGUGUGAAAUGUGACGAAAAGUGUCUGAGUUGUGUUGGAAACAUUUCAAAUUGUGUAAAAUGCAAUGUGAAAGGUGGGUAUUACGAAGACGUCGAAUUUACAACGAUAGAAGAUAAGAAAUGUGUCACAAUAACAACACUUGAAAAUUGUGAAUGGGUUUCAGAGUAUGGGUGUGCUGUGUGUUACGAUGGGUAUUAUCAAAACAAAUAUUACAAAUGCUCAAAAUGCAAUGACUUAUGUGCAACGUGUACAAACAAUAACACAUGUUCGACAUGUGUAGAUCAAUACGUUUUGAUAUCCAAAACUUCGCAAUGUGUGAAAUGGAAUUCAAUUGUAAAUUGUAAAUCAUAUGAUUCAAAAACUCAGAAAUGCAGUGAAUGCAAUGGAAGCAACAAAGUUGGACCAAAUGGAGACGAGUGUGUCCACAAGACAAAUGUACUCUCAAUUAUACUUCCAAUCAUCUUUUGUAUUUUAAUGGUUGUUAUUAUCAUUAUAACAAUAAGUUGUAUACUUUUCUACAUCCAUUACAGAAAAGAAGAGAAGUUGAAGAAGUCACUUGUGAAUGAAUUUUUGUUGAAAGAUUUAAAAAAGAAAGGAGUUGAGAUGGUAUAUCUUGGUACUCAAAAAGAACGCAUUUUGUGUUCAACACAAGAAAUACAUUUUGAAAACGAAAUUGCAGUUCAAAAAGACAGCGACUGUAAAUUUAUGAUUGGUAACGACAGAGCAUCUCUUUUAAAAAUUCAAUUCAUAACACAAAACGACGAAGAAAAAUUUGAGUUGAAUGUUGGACCUUCCAUCCCAGUGUGUAUCAAGAAAGGUCGUGCUGUUGAAUUUACAGUGACUGUUCAUCCGCUGUGUACACUUGAGAAGACUGUUGACAUCACUUGUUCAGUCUUAAACAUCAACAAAGGCAAAAUUUCAGAGAUUAAAAUCCCAGUCAAAUUUGCGUCGGAAAUGUCGACAGCACUUGACCCGGACGAGUUGAAGAAAGAGCGAAAACUUGGAGAAGGAAGUUUUGGGAUUGUGUACAAAGGAACAUAUCGAGGAAACGUUGUUGCCAUCAAAGAAAUGAAGGAAAUGGUUGUCGCAAAAUUAGGAGCAAAAGGUUUUACAAUGAAUUCAACCGUUGAAAGUUCAAGUCGAAAUUUGACAAAGAACGCAACAAAAAAUAUCCCUAAAAAUAACACGACUAACAACUCUUCGAUGACAACAAGAGACAAAACAGCGGCUGAGAAACAGAUGGAUAAAAAGAUGGACGAAUUCAGAAAGGAAGUUGCGAUGUUGGCCAAGUUUGUGAGUCCAUACGUCAUAAGAUUCUAUGGUGCGUGUUUCAUACCAAAUCGGAUAUGUAUGGUCACUGAAUUGGCCAAGUAUGGCAGUCUGCAAGACCUGAUGAAACAUAAAAAGUCUGACGAAGUUAUCAUGAAAAUGCGAAUUAAACUGAUGUUGGACACUGCCAAGGGAAUUCAGUAUUUACACGCAAAUAACACUCUUCAUAGAGACAUCAAGUCAGACAACACACUUGUAACUUCACUUGAUUUUAACGACGAAGUCAAUGGGAAAUGA